UUCGGUAUCAGAACAAACUUUUUGUCUUUUGGGGUCUCCCUUCGUAAGAAGGAAGAAGGUGUGUGUUGUGUGUGAACAAGGAGGACCCCACACAGACACACCUUUGUAUUCCAAAUCUCCUCCUCCUAUCUGGAUUUUAAAUAAUAAUGAUAAUUGAUGAAAUGUUUUACUUUUCUUCAAAUUUAAUUUGACUUUAUAAUCGCGUGCACUUCUUCUACUUUUCCCUCUUCUUCACAUUUAUUCAUUCUUUUUUUUUUUUUUUUAUAAUUAAUUCUUCAUUAUUAUUCUUUUUCUUCAAUUGUCAAUGAUCUAAAGAGUCUUUUCUUUCUUACUCGUUUUUGAAUCAUUCUUCCAAAUUAGAUCACACAACCAAACCAAACUAUUUCAAUUUUCUUACAAUUCGCUUUUCGCUGCUUCUGCAAUUUCUUAACAGAGGGAGGAGCUGUUCUUGUUGAACAUAUAGCUAUUUUUUUUAUUCAUGGGUUGGCUUAGUAGAAUUUUUAAAGGGUCUGAUCAUAAGGUUUCUGAAGGGCAUUACUAUAAAGACGAUUCGAGUUAUUACUUGCCAUCAACUUCAGGGGAUGUUUGGACUGAGAACGAGAAUGAAGAUAUCGAUCGUGCGAUUGCGUUGUCUUUGGUAGAAGAAAAUCAGAAAGUGAAAAAUGUAAAAGACCACAAAUCACAAUUAGAAGAAGAUGAACAACUUGCCAGAGCAAUAGAAGAAAGUCUAAAUUUGGAGUCACCUCCCAAACAUGGAAAUGAUAAUAUGUAUCAACCAAUUCAGUAUUUCCCGAUGGGGUACAGGAUAUGCGCUGGCUGCAAUACUGAGAUUGGUUAUGGCCGCUAUCUAAACUGCUUGGGUGCAUUCUGGCAUCCUGAAUGCUUUCGUUGUCGUGCUUGCAACCUACCAAUCUCUGAUUAUGAGUUUUCCACGUCUGGAAAUUACCCUUUCCAUAAAGCAUGCUAUAAGGAAAGCUACCAUCCGAAAUGUGAUGUCUGCAAGCACUUCAUUACGGUCUUAUGGGAGCCAUACCUUAUGAGUAUAACCACGCCAAAUGCUAAUUUAGAUACUAGUAAUAGUAUUCCAACAAACCCUGCUGGUCUUAUUGAAUAUAGGGCACACCCAUUCUGGAACCAGCAUUAUUGCCCUUCACAUGAACAUGAUAACACUGCCCGCUGUUGUAGCUGUGAGCGAAUGGAGCCACAAGGGACGGGAUAUAUUGCCCAUAAGGAUGGAAGGAAGCUCUGCUUAGAGUGUCUCGAUUCUGCUAUCAUGGAUACUAAUGAAUGUCAGCCCCUUCAUGCUGAUAUACUGAAGUUCUAUGAAAGCAUAAAUAUGAAACUGAAUCAGCAAGUUCCUCUACUUUUGGUUGAAAGACAAGCACUGAAUGAAGCGAGGGAGGGGGAAAAGAAUGGCCACUAUCAUAUGCCUGAGACCAGAGGACUCUGCCUCUCAGAGGAACUCAGCACUUUUUCAAGACGACCUAGACUCGGCACAGGAAAUAGAGACACGAGAGCACAGCCAUACAAACUGACUGCACGCUGUGAUGUGACUGCAAUUCUCAUUCUAUACGGCCUUCCAAGAUUACUUACCGGAUCGAUUCUAGCUCAUGAGAUGAUGCAUGCAUGGCUGCGGCUAACAGGUUUUCGGACUCUAAGUCAAGAUGUUGAAGAAGGUAUCUGUCAGGUUUUGGCUCACAUGUGGUUGGAGUCUGAGCUUUCUUCUGCACCAGGCAGCAACUUUGCAUCAGCCUCAUCCUCAUCUGCAUCAUAUACAUCUAAGACAGGUAAAAGACCUCCUUUUGAGAAGAAGCUUGGGGAGUUCUUCAAGCACCAGAUUGAAUCAGACAUUUCCCCUGUUUAUGGAGAUGGGUUUAGAGCUGGUCAAAAAGCAGUUCGCAAGUAUGGCCUAGAAAGGACCCUUCACCAUAUCAAGGUGACGGGUAGUUUCCCAUAUUAAGUAUAGAUAUCUCACAUUUAUCUCAUUGUUUCUCAUUCUUUUUAGAUAAAGCCUAGCCUGUUGUGAUUAGAAACGGAGGCUAAGGUACUCUGGCAUUUGCUUUGACGCAGUGCUGAUUUUUUUUGUACUUGUAAUUAAUUGAUACCUUUGCUCAUGUAUUGAUUACAUUCAUAUAUAUGAUUUUUUUUUCAAUCUA